AGCUCACACACUAGAACCUUGUGUUAGAACCUCAGCAGCAGCAGCAGGGACCGAGCUGAGAGAAGCGAUCGUGUGUGAUCACUGGAGGAAUCCAGGGAUUAUACAAACCUUGCAUUUUACAACGCGCAGUUCCGUGCGUAAAAAUGAGCCAGCUCUCCAGCGUGCGUAACUAACGUGAUCAACUUGUGCUCGCGUUUUUGAUUUUGGAGAAACGAAAAGAAGAUUGGGAUAAUAUCUUGAUUUUUGCGCAGUUUUCCCCUGAGGACUGAAGACUGAAGAGGGAAAAAGUAGUUCUGACACGCACCGAUCUGUCCAGGAGGGUUUUUUGGAGACUGAGGACAUGAGACUCCUUGCUGUGUGCGCGCUGCUGCUGUUCAAAGUCAGCCUGGGAGAUGCCUGUGCCAGUAACCAGUUUGCUGAGUCGGGCCAGUGCUGCAGUCUGUGUCCCGCCGGCUCCGGAGCUGAGGCACAAUGUGGGAAAGAGGAUACCAAGUGUGCAAAGUGCCCGAAAGGAACCUUUUCCUCCUCCGAAGGCCUCGGCCCGUGCCUUCCCUGCAGCAAGUGUCCACGCAGCGUCCCGACGGUCGCCUCUUGCUCUGCCGCCCAAGACGUGCAGUGCGAAUGUGACAGCGGCUACUUCUUCGUGAGAGGGCGUGGCCUGUGCGCUCCUUGCUCCAAAUGCACCCGGGGCGAGGGGGCCGUCCGGCAGUGUGGCCUUCAGGGAGACACCGUGUGCCAGAUGUGUGGCACAGGGACGUUUUCCGAGGAGCACCUCAGCACCAAAGCCUGCCAGGCCUGCACCCAGUGCUCUGACAGCGAGGUGGAGAUCCGGUCCUGCAUGCCCAACUCUGACACACUCUGCAUGGAUAAGAAGCUGCACAUUUUAUCCCGACCUGCUGAGGCUGACGGGACCCGGGAAGCUCCAGGAGAGGAGGGGACAGAGGAACAGGAGGCCAGUGCUUCUCCCGGAACACCUAAGUUUUCUCCGGCGGAUGAGGGAAGAGCCAACAACAUUCUGGCUUAUGUGUCUGUUCUGGCCGGCGUGGUGCUGGGUCUGAUCGUUUAUGUGGCUUAUAAAUGCUGGAGAUCGUGUAAACAGAAGAAGGCUCUCUCUAAGGCCCGGGCGGCUGAGCUGGGAUCAUCUCCAGAGGGAGAAAAGCUCCAAAGUGACAGCGGGGUGUUUCUGGACUCUCACAGCCUCCAGGACAACCAGCUCAGCAAAGGAACUAAGACCGACAGCAAGCAGGACACUCGUUCGUACAUCAAUCUGCCCCCCACUAGACAGGAAGAAGUGGAGCGCCUCCUGCAGGAGGGAGGGGGUCGGGGGUGGAGGCAGCUGGGUGCAGCACUGGGCUAUGAGCCAGAACAGCUGGACCUGUUUGGGCGCGGAGAGGCCCCGGCUCAUACGCUCCUCUCUAACUGGGCCCAGAAAGACGGCUCCACUCUGGGGCUGCUGUGUUCGGCGCUGGUCCGCAUCGAGCGGCCCGACGUGGUGACCGGCCUCACCUGUCCCGCCCAGGGGGUCUCGGUGGUCUGACCACGUUUCAGCCACAGACCCGGGACAGUCACAGACUCGAGUGAAGAACUCUGACUGAAGUGACAAGGGAGGCACUCUUUGAUAUCAACACACUGCCACUGACAGUUUCAUCACCUUGUUGGACACUUAUUAUUCAGUUUUUUUUUUUUUACAUAAAACCUAAAUGUAUUCAAAUGACACUUUACCCCAGUUUAUGUCGCCGUUUGAUUUUCAAAGGAUCCCACUGCAUGAAAGGAUCUCCAUGUAUCUGUUACAUCACCAUUUACACAAAUCAUGGUCAGGACCAUACGUUGGUUCCAAGUACAAUACAAUGGUCCACAAGUGGCAGGAAACAGAAUACAUGUGCUGCAUGCGUUCUUCUUUAUUUUCAAAAACCACUGUUAAUUUGUUAUUUGGACAGAAGUCAGAUUGGUCCCUUCUCCGUCAAAAGAAAGCUUCCCUUCAUGUUCUUUUGUAAACAAAUACGCUUGGAUCAUCAUGUUUCUAGCCUGGAAAGCCUCAAUUUAUGAAUCACAACUUCAGCAACCACUCUGGUGUCGCUGUUGAUAUUUCUCCAAAAAAAAGAUGGUUUCUUCCAACACCAGUGCUUUCCAGUACGAUGUGAUUUUCCCCGUCUGGCCUCAUUUCUGCGCACGAGUUUGCUCGGGGAAAAAAGAAGAAAACUCCAAGAAAAUAAACAAGGCUUUGAUGUGGCCGAGUGACUUCUCCAGUAGGAAUUGAGGGUUGAAUCUUCCCAACCAACCCAACUUCGACACAAUUGUUAUUUUCUUUAUAAGAACACUUUAAAUAUUUGUAGAUAGAAACUUCUCACUCCUUUUUUUUUUUUGCUGCAGCCACUAAGAAGCCUUGGUUUUUAUUUACACUGAGGUUAUAUCGUGCACCAGUGAUGUUUCAAAUAUCGACAGAAGACGUGAAAAUGAAGCAUAAAUAUGAAAACACAUUUCUUAGCUCUUUCUAAUGUUUGUUUAUGAUUGUAAAUGUCCUACGUGUUGAUUUGUUGUGUGAGAUCACGAAUGAACUGUGAACACGUGAGAAAAGGAAUGAAAAUGAAUCAAUUUUCCCUACAUUGAAAAUACACAGCUCCAUUUCUGUCAACUUUAUUUUAGAAAUUUGACAGAAAACCCCCCCCAAACAAAAUGUUUACCAUCAAUGCUUGCGUCAAUCACGCUUCUGUAUUUAUUUCAUCACCAUAUCAGGUCUAAAUCCAAAUAAAAUCUUUGAAAAUGA